AGCCCGUGCCAAAAUAAAGCGAAUCCCGGCUCCCGAGAAGUAGAGAUGGCCUUUCAGCGGAGAUGAAGUGAGACGGUACGCGAAUCGGUUCAGACAUGAAGUACUACUCUGCGUGUCCCCGGCGGAAGUGUGAGCGAGGAAGUAAAGAAAUCAGUACAAAAAAAGAUAUUGUGAGAUAGAAAUAGACCUCUUAGACCCAUUCUUUGGUGAUUUUUGGCUGCUUACUAUUUUUCAUCAUUUAUAAGGUCUCGUUUUUGGUUGUGAUGUAAAAAUAGCAAUAAAUUUCAUUGCAAUGCUCAACACUGCGACCUCUCCUAGACAUCCCAUUGUUUUGUUGGUUCUCUGUUCAAGUGCAGUUUUGCAAAUAGCAGCCGCCAGUGAUACAGUGUAUGUCUCCAGAUCUGGCCACGACACCCCAGAUUGUGGAAGGCAAGGUAGCCCAUGUGCAUCCAUCUUUAUGGCUGUGAGCCAUGCACAGGGAAUAGGAAGCUUUGUUUAUAUUGACGGCACUGGGACAUUGACCAACCCUUACACCUGUAUCAACGUGACAUCAAAUCAUCCAGGGAUUUUUGUUAAUAGGAGCAUAUCACUGAUUGGUUACAAUUUUCCAGUGUUCAUUGAAUGUGGACAUGAGCAAGGAUUAACAUUUGAAGCAAAGAGUGGCAGUGAUUUGUUGGUUAAGCUGGCUGGUUUGGUGCUUCUUAACAGCUUGAUAAAAGUGGUGGACUCUUCAAUUGAUAUUGACAACUGCCAAUUUCUUGGAGACAAACAGCCAAUCAGUGUAAUGCAAGACACACAGUCAAUCCAGAUAACAGUAUCUAAUUCCACUUGCAUGAAUACACCCUCUUUUUUAUCAGUUGAGAUAAAGGGUAGAAACGUUUCUGGGAGUAAUGUUCAAGUGAAAAUAUCUGACUCAAACAUUCAGGGAUUAAAGAGCUUCUACCCAACCCCGCCUCCAACAGCUCUGAUGGUCCAAUCAACAAAUAACCAUCUCACACCAGAGUUAAUUUCUUUUGACAUUCAUCUUCAAAAUGUCAGUUUUGUUAGCAAUAUGCUUUCCACUAAUGGUCUCAUCUAUGUGAACCUCAAGGGAGUUUUAUGCAAUAUCAAAAUUGAUAAAGUGCUCUUCACCAAAUCGAAGCACAUAGCAAGGAGUGGGAUUGUUCGUAUAAUAGGACCAAACCAGUUGAAUGUCCUGAUCACAAAUAUCAUAUCCAUGUCAAAUCCAUAUUUGCAAUGUAUCUACCUGGACUCUCCAUCUGGGAAUGCCACUGUUAGAAUAAAUAACAGCUCAUUCACAGAUCACAAAAGCCUUGGAGGUGGAGCUGUUCUUUAUAUCAACUCACUAUAUGAAGCCAAAUUAAAAGUAGAAAGCUCUACUUUCAAAAGGAAUAUUGCUGAAGGCUCAUCAUCAUCAAGGGGAGGAUGUUUCAGUGUAACUGGUCAAACAGUGACAGCAAUUAUUGAGGAUUCAGAAUUUUUUGAAUGUAGUGGGAUUGCAGCAUCGGGUGUUGGUGACUUUACUGCGGUGGGAACACUAACAGUAGUUUUGAAUAGUUCACGAGUCAAUGGAUGCUCGACACAGGGAGUUGGAGGUGUAUUGGGUUGCCAUGGGCACACUGUAAACAUGUCAAUCAAGAAUACUAGUAUAACCAAAAGUAGGGCAGUUGGACCAGGUGGUUUUAUUGCCAUUGGAGAAGGACUUGGAGGCAUGUGUGUAAAUGUUGAUAUAGAAUUAGACAGUGUUUUUGUAAGUGAAUGUUUUUCUAUUUCUGGUUGGGGUGGAUUCAUUGCUGCAGCUUUCUAUGGCCAAGGUCCAUUAAGAAUUUCAAACUGUGUGUUUAAAUCCAUCAGUGCCUAUGGCCCAGGGGGUGUAAUAUCUGCCAAAGAGGAGGGGCACCUACUUGUGUAUCUGUCAAAUACCACAUUACAAGAUUGCUAUACUCCUGCCAUGGGUGGAAUGCUAUUUGCAAAUAACGUUGACAUUGUCAUCCACGAUUGUGUUUUUCAAAAUAAUUCGGCGAAGGGGGGGCCAGGUGGAGUUUGUUAUCUAGACAAUUUAAAAACGUUAUCUAUCACAAUUACAGAUUCUAUCUUCAUGUCAGACACUUCAAUCUAUCCUGGCGGAGCAAUCUAUGCAGACUUGCCUUUAAACCAAGCACGCGUGAACAUAAGCAAUUCAACAUUUACAAAUUGUACCGGUCGUGUUGGGGGUGCUGUGUCUUUGACUCUAGGAAGCCAGUCCAAUGUCACUAUAUCGUCUUGCAAGUUUGUGAACAAUUCAUCCCCAACAGCGCCUGGAGGGGGGAUAUAUAUUGAAACAGCUGGUGAUAAGCUUGUAGAUGCAGGGUGCGUCCGCAAAAGCUCCACCCAUGUCAAAUACCGGAAAUGGAUGCACUCCAGCCUGAUCCGAAUUCUUGAUACCGAGUUUAUAGGAAAUGUAGCUUUGCUGGGAGGUGCAUGCUACUUUGCGCAAGGCGAAGUGCAUCUUCAGCGAUGUCGAUUUGUUGACAAUUUCGCUUCCGCCGGAAGUGGUCAUGUAGAGAUUCAUGAAGAUUCCACAGGUGUGGUUGUCUUAGAUUCCAGGUUCCAACAAAACCGGAACACCAAGUAUCAUCAGGGAGUGACUUAUUCAACAGCAACCUUUAUCUCAACGGAAAGUACUGCUCCGAUAGUGUUUCAGAACACGACCUUGGAUCUUAGAACUAUGGGAGAGUCGGACACCAUCUUACGAUUCUCCAAAGGAGGGGAGGUAGAGUUUAAUGAUUCCAUGAUAUACUGUCCUAUCGGAAGCAGUUUGACUGUGUUUAACUUCACCAACAAAAUCACCCAGAACUGCACUAUAUGGAUCACAAGCCUCCAGUUCGAUUGUCACGCAUGCGCAAAUGGGCUCUACAGCCUGCUGCGAGGUCAUAGUAACGGCACUGCCCCGACCAGCGGUCUCCAGUGCUUGUCAUGCCCGUUUGGUGCAAGCUGUGCCGGCUAUAUCAAAGCUAACGAUGGUUUCUUUGGAUACCCUGUCCAAGAUUUCCCACCCGCACUUAACUUCACGGUUUGCCCUGUGGGCUACUGUAAAUCACCCCCGCCAUACAGCACAAUGUACAACGCGUGCAGUGGUAGCCGGUCGGGUACCCUGUGUGGGGUUUGUAACCAGGGUUACACGGAGACACUGCUGUCCUCAGAGUGCAUGCCAAGAGAGGCGUGCACGGACACGUGGUUUUGGGGCGUUGCCAUUGUGUUUUCCCUACUCAUGGCUCUUUAUCUCAUUGUCAAACCUCCCGUGUUUGGAUUUCUCCUGAGACAUAUUUUUUGGGUUAGGUUUCAACUGCGUGACGAAGCUUGUGUGACGCAUGACAAAACUUGCGUGACGCAUGACGUAAGCAAAUACCCUGGCGUGACUUAUGAUAAGGGAUACUUGAAAAUCUUGUUCUACUUCUACCAAGUGGCCAGUUUAUUGCUGGUGUCCAAGAGCUGUGGUUCGCUUGCCAGUAAUUUGCUCAUGCGCCCCAUAUUAGGGCUGUUUAACUUUCAGCUGCAUCUGAGCUCGAACGGAUCCCUCUGUCCUUUCCCUGGAUUGAACGCCGUCACCAAACAGCUUUUCAUGGCAAGCCAAGUAGUAGCAGUACUCCUGAUGGUCCUCCUGUGGUUUAUUGUCCAUCGUGCAUUGCGUGCCAUCACCAAACGCCCUCCCCCAAGCAAUGGACCUUACCUCGGCGCUGUCAUAGAAACCCUGUUGCUAGGUUACGCAGUGUUGGCUACCACCUCCUUAAAGCUGUUGCAGUGUGUUCCCUUGUCUACAAGGCCACGAUUGUUUAUCCAGGGGGAGGUCCCUUGUUAUCAGUGGUGGCAGUAUACGCUAAUGGGGUUUGUCUGUGUUAAUCUGGUCCCGUUUGUUGUGUAUCUUGCAUUCUGCUCCCGUUGGUUAGACAAGGGAACAAUCUCCGCUUCAGAACUCGUAGCUGGGUGUAUUUUGCCACUACCCUAUCUCUCUUACCGGCUGCUACGUCACCUCUUCGGUUACAGCCACAACCUAAAUGGUACAUACACUGACGCCACAUGGAAGCCGUCCGUUGAGAGAGUCCUUUACGGUCCUUUCUUGCACCCUAUCGCACCUUCAGGCGGGGUGAAGUACUGGGAAAGCGUCCUUAUUGGCCGUCGACUGGUGCUUAUCACUAUCUACGUGUCAAUCACAGACGCUCUCACUCGCCAGAUAGCCCUCAAUUUGGUCUGUAUGCUGAUCCUGUUCCAUCAUUCCUUGGUCCGUCCAUUCCGUGAUUUGAAAGCAAAUGUCGCUGAGGCAGUGUCUUUACUGUGCCUUGUUAUUAUCGCUCUCGCUAAUGUCCUGCCGGCCUGUUUCAUAUCCUUGGGACAGGAACCUCGAGGGAGGUUCAGGUCCCUUAUCGCGGCCUGUGAUUGGCUAGAAGUGUCCUUGCUGGCUAUUGUUCCUAUUCUGUUUCUUCUCAUGGCUGUGAUCUCUGUUCUGUCGCAAGUAUUGCGCCUUAUAUGGAUCGUACUCAGUUUCCUCUGUUGUAAGUUGUGGAAGAACAAAGAGCCACAGCCCUUGCUUGAGGUAACGAAUCACAAUGAAGAUUCUGUUGGCAGCUGAUGCAUUAUCUCACUUUUGUUUAAAAUUUCAUCCCGUUUAAAGACGACCGUCAAUACAUUUGUGAUUGAUAGUAAAGAUGAUUGGUCGUUGCGGCGAUGGUGGAUAAACAUUUCAGUGAUGGAGAUGAUGACGAUCAUAAUAAUUAUGAUGGCAAUAAAAUGACGCUGGCGAUGAAAAGCAGUUUAUGAAGAAUAGUGAAUAGUUUGAUGAACUGAAAUUUGGGGAAAUAUUACGUGAUGUGUUGCUCAGUUCGGUUAGUAAGAGAAAAUCGUUACUAAAAGACACAAUAUUAUGACUAGAAAUAAUUUUGUUCAAAUUGACAUAUAAGUUGAAUAGGCAAUUGGUAGACCCGUUUUGUAUCGUGGAAAUGUUACAGUAAUGAGCUUAAAAAAAUAAGAAUUUAUACGA